UUUAAAAUAAACAAACAAAAUACUCUACUCUACUAUUCUAACACAAACAUCUGUCCCCCUUUAUCUUUCUAAUUUCUACAAAUACAAAUACACACACACAAAAAUAUCAAUGGAAUUUACACAGUCCAACAUGAUUCCUUCCUCUUCCUCUUCUUCUUCUUCUCUAUAUAUAAGUACUCAUUUACCCAACACAACAUAAAAACUUUACAAGCACUUCUUAUUUUACUUCUCUAUUUCCUUUGUUCUUCUUUACAAACAAGAAAUGUAAGCAUCAGCUUCAUUUCUAUGACUGAUCAGCUUCUUCUUAUUGAUUUUUUUCUGAUCUGAUAUAGAACUAAUAAGUGUUUUUUCCCCCUAAAGUUUUAUCAAGAUUUUUUUUAAUAAUUCUUGAUAAAUGUUUGAACCUAUAUAAAAGAAAAAUAUAGACUUUUUUUUCAAUUGAUUGAGUUGAACAUAAGUUAUGUAAGAACCCCAUCUCUAUAACUGGAAAGAUUUUUGAGUAUAGAUAUAUAGUUGUGUUUUUUUAGUAAGAAUUUUGUGAUAUACGUUGAAUUUUUUUUGAGAAUGAUGUUGGAUCUCAAUCUAAGUGCAAUUUACGAUGAGAAAGUUCUGGAAGGUUCCGUUGUCGAUGAAUCGGGAACCUCCAAUUCAUCGGCGAGGAAUGCGGAAGCUUCCAGUAGUGCCGGAGACGACGACACGUGCUCCACACGCGCCGGUGACAUGUUCGCUUUCAAUUUCGACUUCCUUAAAGUUGGUGGAGCUGAAACUAGCAGGAGUUGCAGCAACAAUGAUGAUGACCAAGACGGAUAUGAUGAGAAUCGGAGGGUAACUCAGUCCGAGUUCGUGACUCGGCAGUUGUUCCCUCUCGAUCGGUCCCACACCUCUAGAAAACCUGAUUGGGUGGAUCCGUCAUUUGAUCCACCCAAUACUGUUAGUUUUCGAGAGGCAGAAAUAGUACGUGCGCAACAGCAGUAUCAACAGCACCAACAACAACAACAAGUUAAGAAGAGUAGGAGGGGGCCUAGGUCUAGAAGUUCACAGUACAGAGGUGUCACUUUUUACGGAAGAACUGGUAGAUGGGAAUCACACAUUUGGGAUUGUGGCAAGCAAGUUUAUUUGGGUGGAUUUGACACUGCUCAUGCAGCUGCUAGAGCGUAUGAUAGAGCUGCAAUUAAGUUCCGGGGUGUUGAUGCUGAUAUAAACUUUAACCUAAGUGAUUAUGAGGAAGAUAUGAAGCAGAUGAAAAGCUUGGGUAAAGAAGAAUUCGUCCAUGUGCUGCGACGCCAGAGCACCGGGUUCUCGAGAGGUAGCUCGAAAUACAGAGGAGUAACGUUGCACAAAUGCGGAAGAUGGGAGGCUCGGAUGGGGCAGUUCCUUGGCAAAAAGUAUAUAUAUCUUGGACUAUUCGACAGUGAAGUAGAAGCCGCAAGGGCGUAUGAUAAGGCGGCUAUCAAAUGUAAUGGAAGAGAAGCUGUUACCAACUUUGAGCCAAGUACAUAUGAAGGGGAAACACACUCUGAUCCUCAGAGUGCAGGUAGCCAACAGGAUCUUGAUCUGAACUUAGGGAUCGCGACUUCUUCUCCGAAAGAAAAUGAAAGGAUGGGGAGUUUCCAGUAUCAUCCUUAUGACAUGCAAGAUGCAACAAAAUCACAGAUGGACAAAUCUUGUCCAGCAAUAGUUGGUAGUUCACAUUUCAAAGCACAACCGGUGACAUCUGAACAAGCUCACGUGUGGAAUGGAGUAUACUCCAAUUUCUUUCCCAGCUACGAGGAAAGAGCGUCGGGGAAGAGAAUAGAUAUAGGUUCCUCUCAAGGGCGCCCAAACUGGGCAUUGCAAAUGCAUGGUCAGGUCGGAACAACACCAAUGUCAAUGUUUACUGCUGCAGCAUCAUCAGGAUUCUCAACUCCGGCUACCACUGCUUCGGCCUCUCCAAUGUCUGGUCCCAACCCGAAUACGAGUACUCCCAAUCUUCCCUUUGCUUCAUAUUCCACACCAUCAACAAAUACCACUCAAUACUAUUACCAGAUCAGGCCGCCGCUACCACCUCCAUAACAUGUUUUUUCCACCAUUGCUAGUAAUAUAGUUAGAUAUCUCACUGAUUCUAUUUGUAUGAUUUGAGUGUUAUCCAUUCAUUAACAUCUUGAUUCUAAAUUGAGUUCUUUUACAACUUGUAAGAUUUUGUAAGGUGAAGAUUCAAUAUUUCCAUUACAUUUAAGUUUUCCUUGCUUAUUAUUGUUA